AUGCCGCUCAUCUACUCGUUCGUCGCGCGCGGCGCGACCGUGCUCGCGGAGUACACCGCGCACACGGGCAACUUCGCGACCGUCGCCGCCGAGAUCCUCGACAAGCUCUCCGCGCAGUCGAAGUUCACGCUCGUGGCGGACCACCACACGUUCAACUACCUCGCGGACGACGGGUACGUCUUCUUGGUCGUCGCGGACGAGGAGUUUGGCCGACAGGCGCGUUCUACAUCACACUGGUCCCCAUACGACCCCGUGCCGUUCGCGUGCCUCGAACGCGUCAAGGAAGAGUUCAAGGGCACGUUCGCCGAUCGCGCGAAGGACGCGAUCGCGCACUCGCUCGAUCGAUCGUUCGGGCCGAAACUGAAAGAGCACAUGGACUACUGCACCGCGAACCCGGAUCAGAUCAGCAAGGUGACCAGGGUGCAGCAGCAGGUGAGCGAGGUGAAGGAGAUAAUGAUGGACAACAUCGAGAAGGUGCUGGACCGCGGCGAGAAGAUCGAGCUUCUCGUGGACAAGACGGAGAACUUGCGGUUCCAGGCGGAUAACUUUCACAGGACGGGGCGGGCGCUCAGGAGGAAGAUGUGGUGGCAGAACCUGAAGAUGAAGCUCAUGCUCGGCGGCGGCGUGCUGUUCAUCAUCCUCGUGUUGUUCUUGAUCAUUUGCUUCCAGGGCGGGAAGGACUGCACGAAGGACGAGUAA